UCGGUGGCGUCACUUUAAGGUGGCGUCGCUUUGAGGUGGCGUCGCUUGUGUAAAAAUUAUUUAAUUAUUUAAAAAUUAAUUAAUUAAAAACAAUAAAUUAAUAAAUAAAUAAUAAAUUUUGAAGAAAGUUCCUUAAAAAUCAAAUACAAAAAGAAAUUAGUUCCAAAAAGUGAUUAUAACUCCAUAAAAUUCCGAAAUAGCUGAACAUGGAAUCCUGCCUAGCUUUAUGGCAUAAUUGGUGCCGUUUGUGUGCUAAAGAAGAUUCUCACAACAUCAUCAUUCACAGGAUGGAUGUACAAAACGCCCUGGAGAAGUAUUUUUCGCUGCAAUUGUCAAGCGAAGAUGAUUUUCCAAAUGUCUUGUGUUCUGAUUGCCUGUCCUUGGUCACACGUACAACACGAUUCAAUAAACACGUUGAGAGGGUGCAGCAUAUGUACGAAUUCUUAGUGCAGAACCCCAAGGAAUAUAUAAAUUUGGAGUCGAUUCGUAGCCGUUUCUGUAUAUACGAAGGCACAAAAAAUCAUUGGCUUUCGGAAAGCAACCUGUCUACAGAUAAUGACUUAACUAGUCAGAAAAUUAAAGAAGAGGAUUUCGAGGAGGAAUAUAAACUGGAAUUAGAAGAUGAGAGAAGUAUUGAUGACGAUAUUAACCAAAGCGAUAUAAGCUACGGUGUUUAUUUUGAAGAUGUGAUACAAAAUACAGAGGAUGAAUGCCGAUAUGUUCCUCCGGUUACUAACACUAAUAUAGAAUUUACUGAUCAGAUAGCUGAAGAGCCUUUCGAGGAAUGUUCGCCAGAGGAAGGCGGUGAGAAAAAUAUUGAUGACAAUAAGGACCAAAUCGAUAUUAGCUACGACAAUGAUCCCUUUGACGAUGCGAAACAAAAUGCAGAGGACAAAUACAGGUAUGUUCCUCCACUUACUAAAGCUCGUAUAUGCUUCAUUGAUCAGGAAACUAAAGAGAAGGAAUAUUCACAGGAAGAAGAUGAGAAAAAUAUUGAUGACGACAAGGGCCUUAUCGACAUUAGUUACGAUGAUUCUUUUGACGAAUGUCAAUAUGCUUCCCUACGUAGAACAAAAAUACAAAGACCACUAGUUCCAGUAAUUAAGAACUUUCCAUUGAAUGGAGAAUGUAGAAUGUGUGGUGAUCGUCUGUAUUCCUUUUCAUCAUGUGUUGAUCACAUGAGAAACAAACAUGGCAAUGACAAUGAAAAUCAGAUUUUUGAGUGUCUUUUGUGUGACAAGGCCUUACAAAGCUGGUAUAGUUUUGAACGUCAUAUGCGAACGCACAUUCCAGCAGAGGAGCGUAAAACGCACCAAUGUACGCUAUGUGAAUCUCGUUUCCCAUCCAAAUCCAAAUUAGAAUCACACAUAAACUUCAAACACAAAGAAGAAAAUAUAUUCAUUUGCGAAUUGUGCGGAGUAAGUGCGAAGACAUUCUCCAACUUACGGCAACACCAAAUAUCUAUGCAUACUGAUCUAAAACCCUUCGAAUGUGAAAUAUGCAAAAAGAGGUUUAAGAGCACCCACCGCCUCAAGAUUCACCUGGAUCUCCACAGUCCUAAUAAGCAUGUAUGUUCCCUGUGCGGACUUAAAUUGAACUCGAGGGCUACUCUCAAUCGCCAUUUUUUGGUACAUUCUGAUGACAUAAAACAUAAGUGUGACUACUGUGGUCGAGGAUUUAAGCGAACAAAGGCCUUAAAGAAUCACCUGAUACUACAUACAGGUUUAAAGCCAUAUGCAUGUGAAUUUUGUGAUCGUACGUUUGCAAAUAGAUCAAAUUGCCGCGGUCAUAUGAAAAAGCAACAUCCGGGGCCAUUGGCUGCAUUAGAAGCUACUGGGAAUAAGUCAUAUACAAAGGAUAUUCCGAGGUUGGAAACUUUAAAAGCUGUCACCAAAGAAGCUGACAAUUUGAUACCUGUUGUUACAAAAUUUAGUGGAUGUUUCGCGUUUGGGAAGAAACCAAAAUGCAUCAAGUUAUCUGAUAUGAAGAUCGCAAAAGACCAACAAAAAACAUAGAGCAAGUUAAGUUCCAUGGUCUGUGGAAUAUGUCAAGAUAGAUAGGACUUAUUUAUUUAUUUAUCUAUUCCCACACAAAAAAUCUUUUGUAUAAAAAAUGUAGCUUCCGGAAAAUUAAUAAAUAAAUAUACAAUUAUUAGCUUAAAUUCCAAAACACA